CCUGCUUCCUUCUCUAAUAUCACUGUAACACACACACACCUACACACACACUUGUUGAGAGGCGCUCAUCAUGGGGAACUUUGCUGCCAACGAGGGACUCUCCAUCUUUGUAAUUUUGGUGUGGCUCGGGAUCAACGCCUACCUGUUUGUGGAAUUCUACAUGCGCUUCCUGGUGGAGAGAUGGUUUUACACCAGGGUCCUGCUCGGGCAAGCUCUGCCCUGGGCCCGAGCUCCGGCUGCCUGCCUCAACUUCAACUGUAUGCUCAUCCUGCUGCCGGUUUGCAGAAACCUCCUUUCCUUCCUCCGAGGCACCAUCCAGUGCUGCAGCCGCACAGCUGCUCGCCAACUGGACAGAAACCUGACUUUUCACAAGCUGGUGGCGUACAUGAUCGCCUUCCAUACAGCCGUGCACAUCGUCGCCCACUUGUUCAACUUCGAGUUUUUCAUGGACGCCCAGCUGAAUCGAAACAGCAGCUGGCUACCCUUCGUCCUGUCCGAAAUCGGCACCAAUGACAACGCCGCCUUCCUGAACCCCAUCAGGACCAACAAGACGAACCCUACCAUCGUCAUGUUCACCACCAUCGCCGGGCUGACGGGCGUGGCCAUAACGCUGGCCCUCAUCCUCAUCAUCACUUCAUCCAUGGAGGUCAUCCGCAGGUCCUACUUCGAGGUGUUCUGGUACACCCACCAUCUCUUCGUAAUCUUCUUCAUCGGGCUGGUGUUCCAUGGGGCCGGGCGGAUUGUGCGAGGACAGACGGCCGCUAGCCUGAAGACAAACGACCCCCAAGUUUGCGCCAAACAGUUUGACAACUGGGGAAAGAACGGGUCCAACUGUGCCGUCCCAGAGUUCGCUGGAAACCCACCAGGGACGUGGAAGUGGGUGGUGGCCCCGAUGUUCCUCUAUGUGUGUGAGAGGAUCAUCCGCAUUUAUCGAUCUCACCAGAAAGUGGUCAUCACCAAGGUGGUGAUGCACCCCUCCAAGACUCUGGAGCUGCAGAUGAAGAAGAAAGGUUUCCACAUGGAGGUGGGUCAGUACGUCUUCAUCCAGUGUCCGUCUGUCUCCAGGCUGGAGUGGCACCCCUUCACCCUGACCUCCGCGCCCGAGGAGGACUACUUCAGCGCCCACAUCCGUAUCGUUGGAGACUGGACCCAGGAGCUGUACGAGGCCUGUGGAGGAGACAAAACGGAGCCUCAGGAGGCCUGGAAAAUGCCCAAGGUGGCCAUAGACGGGCCGUUAGGUACGGCCAGUGAGGACGUGUUUCGUUACGAGGUGGUGAUGCUAGUGGGCGCGGGAAUCGGCGUGACUCCCUUCGCCUCCAUCCUCAAGUCUGUGUGGUACAAACGCAUCCAGAACAACCAGGACGUCUUCACCAAGAAGAUCUACUUCUACUGGCUGUGCCCGGAGACGCAGGCCUUCGAGUGGUUCGCCGACCUGCUGCAGUCUCUGGAGGGUCAGAUGGCGGAGAAGGGCGUGACCGACUUCCUCAGCUACAACAUCUACCUCACCCGCUGGAAGGAGACCGAGGCGGCGCACUUCCGUGUUCACCACGAGGCUGAGAAUGACCCAAUCACAGGGCUCAAACAGAAGACGCUGUACGGGAAACCCAACUGGGACAACGAGUUCACCAACAUCGCUUCAAAGCACCCGGGGACCAAAGUGGGCGUGUUCCUGUGCGGCCCGCCUCAGCUGGGGAAAUCUCUGGAGAAACAGUGUCUGUCUCACUCUGAGGCCGACGUCAAGUUCAUCUUCAACAAGGAGAACUUCUAACGGCGCCCGGCAGAGACAGAGGAAACAUCCAAGUACUGAGAGCAGCAGCGGCGGAGCUCAUGACACACGUCACACCACACACGCCUGUUAUUUUAAACAUUUACAGCCGUAACCAUGGCAGCCCAUCGCCAGCCUCUGCUCUGCUUCUCACCACGCUCGUUUUGCAAAGACCCCGCUGUUGCUCAAAAAUGGAGGAUGUGGUAUUUUCCACAUUACCUUCUUCUCCUUUUGUGUUACAACAAUAAGUGAAACUGUUGCUCUCAAAACUUUUCUUCCUAUUUCUGUUUGUUGAUGCCAGAGGUCCAAAAGUUUUGUGUGCUGCAGUGGAGCUGAUGAGAAGCUUCAAUGUGCUGAAAACAAGUAUCAAAAACAAACUCAAGCUUUCGAGGGUUUUUUUGUGCUUUGCUCAUAAAAAAAGAAAAUGCUUGCUGUGCCUUUUUAUUGUUGCUAAGCAACCAUGCCAUCACCUCCUCACCCUAACCUUCCUGUGUCAUCAAUCUACUGUAACUUUUAUUGUAUGUAUCCUGCAGUAAUCAGUGUGUAGAUGCUGCCAUGUUGAGGCAGAGGGUGCUGUAUGUAGCUCUGGUUGAGGGUGAGAGGCUGUCAGCAGAUAAACAGAGAUCUG